AUGAGAUCGAAACCACAAGAGCGGCAUAACCACCAAUACAUUCUUGUAACAUAUGAACCGAGCCCGGCUGGAAUAAAAAUGCUAUUCGAGACAGAUAUCGACAGUGUAUUGAACAAAGUAAAGAAUUUACAACCGAAAAAUGACAACUCAAUACCGGGUCAGGCGCUCGCUACUAUUUUUGAAAUACUUGAUUCGCAUCGAUUGAAGAUGGAGAAGGAUACGCCGUAUAGAGGAAGAUCAAUCCCGGAUUCUGUAGUACCAGCUUGUAUUCUGUGGUUCACGAAUGGCGCGGAAUUUCAUAGUUCAGAAGGAAGGCAUCUAACAAUCCCCACGCUUCAAACACCCGGAGGACAAUUAUUUGAUAAGCCGUAUCGAUGGGAUCACUAUAUCUAUACAUUCCUUCUAAAAUCUGAAGAUACAGUCAAUGAACCUGAUAUAACCCGGUUAACCACAGAUACUGGAGGGCAAGUAUUUGACAUAUAUCCGACACAACCUCCAAAUUAUGUCUCCCACGAGAAAUACAGAGUCACCAAAGCUAUCACAACCUCAAUAGAUAGGCUCUUCGGCUUACGAAUAGAUAAUAGUCCCGCUAUUCCAGCGCUCGGUCCUUUUCGUGAUCCAUGUGUGAUGAUAAAUCUGGCAGAAUUGAAUGGUGAUGGACAAAUAGAGCAAGAAAUGCGCACGACACUCUUUUUCGAUCCAGAAAAACUGUUAAGUCGGAAAUUUUUCCCAAUACCUGAGGACGCGUGGAUUGGUGAAAAGACAGAUUACAAUGAUUUAUUACGGAUCAGACGAAGUAAUAUACCGACUAUAUAUUAUAAGAAAGAGGAUUACAAACUGCUUUAUCGGUUUGAUGUGUGGCCCUUUUUCGAAAAGUAUACAGUGGGUUCGUGUCCUGCUGUUCGACAGUUGAUUAGUAUGCCGCCGGGGACGAAUUGGCCGAUAUAUAUAAAAAACAGUCACAAAAAAGGCGGACUUGGAAUGCCUUUUGGGUUUUUGGUUGCUCUUGAUAAUCGUUUAUCGAUAAAUCUGAAUAUUCUUCCGUACAAUUAUCCGGCAUUGAUGCGAUUGAUGAAAGAUUACGAAGCUAUAAUGAAGGAUCACAGACAGAAAUCGAUUGCCUUGCCUACCAACAUAGUAAAGGACUGGUUACGAUAUGUUAACGAUAUCCCGUUGUAUUAUCCAAUCAUCAAUCGUGGACUAGAUCCAUCAAUUAUCCCGAUGGAUUCGCAGCAACUACUGCACAAUAUGACAACCGAGAUAAGAAACAAUGCGACAACGUUUUUUAAUAAUAUCUUUAAUAACUUUCAAUCUUUGAAUGCAAAGAAACCUACUAUUGCUUCUUUUGGAGGGAAGAUCAAACUUUACGAAGAUCCAUUCGAGAUUCCACAUGGUCAAGCACAAUCCGUGUUUCUUGAAAUGCUACGAGUGUACCAAAAGAAAUCUGUCCAAGAAUCGAAAAGGAAGGAUAAAAAUGACGGAGACGAAAAACAUUCAUUGCCAAUUUCCGUGAUGACAGACUAUCACGAAAAAGCCGCACAACUCAAAGCUCAACAGCUCAGAAAUCCGUUCGAAGACGAAGAAGAAAGAAUUGAACGCGAGAAAUGGGAAAAUUUGAUUGCAUUCGGGAAUCCAUACCGGCCAAGACGCGGUUCCACUCCUGAUAACUUUAAGCCGUCUAUCAACAUUGAUAUGCCCGCGUCUCCUUCUUCGUCAUGGUCCCUGAGUCCAAGUAGCACAUUUGUAGAGUCAUCAGGAACACCACUAGGAACGCAGCAGAGUUCAUUUCCGGGAAAAAGAAAUCCUUCAAAGAAAGGGCAAGGCAAGCGGAUUAUUCUUUUUCCAAACAAGAAAGCUAGUAGUAUCGAGAACGCUGUAGCAACAUUAUCAAUAACAUCAUCAAUAACAUCUCCCAUAAAAACAAAAGAAAUACAAACUAAUAUUGAUAAUACACCUAUCACAACAAGUAUGACUCCCUCGAUCACUACUUCCGACAUCGAAAUGACAGAUGCCGACAAAUCAACAAUAAUAACAGAAGAUGUCACCAACGAUCAGAUUAAUGAGACCUCGAAACAGUUUCAUAAGCAGAUUUAUCUUAAAAAAGAAAAUAUUGAAGUGAUGGAAAUUGAUAAUGAAGUAGACUCAUUACCAGAAUUGAUAUCAAUAAAAAAUGAAGAAAGUCUAGAUAAUAAUGAAAACAUCAAUAGUGAUAAUUUACAAUUAUCGUUACAUGAUGAAGUUGUUGCAGCUUCUACGGCUCCACAAGUCGACUCAACCAUGAAUAUAUCGAUUCCUAUUGCUGCCGUCAACCUUAAUCAAAAUUUUGUAACUACAAUGACGUCAUCUUCGCAGCUUCCCAAAUUCCCAGAAUCAGCACGAUCAAAGUCUGAUCCGUUAAUUCCGAUAGAACGCGACUCAAGUCGAGGUGGUGUCCCAGUAUCAUUAUUUAACCCAAUGAAGAAUUGGAUGCGGCAAAUACAAAAUAUCAAUGCACAAGAUAAUCAGAAAAUUCAAGAAAUACUAACCAACAUCAAAGACGCGCUAAACAAAGUCGCAAAAGAACAAGAGAAUUCCAAAGAGAAUCUACGGCGUAUACUAAUCGCUUUGGCUACUUGCGCACGUGCUCACAAAAUUUUAACUUUGGCAAAAGGGUUACGAGAGUUUGCGAGUACAUUACAAGAAGAUAGGCCGCCGCAGUUAAUACCCGUAUCAAGUAAUUGGAAAAAAGAAGGUGGUGGGCUAAUGGAAGAACAGGAAACGUUGAAGCUCGCUGUGCAGUGGGUUGUGAAGGAGAUUAAGAAACGUGAAGGGUACAACGAAAAUACUAUCAAAUCAAAAUUAACAGAAAUUGCCACGGAAAAUGGUUAUUCGUUUAAAGAAAAAGAUUAUCUGUUGAAAUUGGCACGGACCUUAGCGCGGGGAAAUCGUCGAUCGAAUUUGGAAACGUGGAUAAAUCUCAAGAUUGAAUGGAUGAAAAUUCAGGAUCG